GGCAGUUCGCCAAAUUUCCACUACCUCGUGCUUCAACGUUGCGUGACAAGUCUUCUUGAGGCCCUGGAUGCCGAGGAAGGCGCUUCAUUGUCUGAGAAGGAGAAUCCACUGAGUCGAUUUGGUCUCUCACCGGUGGAGUGUGUUCAUCAGCUCCUUAACGCAGUGGUCUUUCUCCACUCCAACUCGAUUGUUCACCGCGACAUCAAGCCGAGCAACAUCUUCAUCCUGGAAGCAACCUCUUCGUCCGCUUCCUCUCCCUCCUCUGACACCACUACCACUGCGGCAGCUGUAAAUCGUCUAGUUCUUGGAGACUUUGGGCUAUCUUUGCCUCUGGAGAAUGGAUUUUUCACCAACACUAUUUGUGUUGAACCGUCCAACACUACGAGCACCACUGACGAUGGAGGAUGGCCGACUACUGGAGCUAGUGGUGCUUUUACAUUUGGGAGUCUCGGUUGGAUGGCUCCGGAGAUGUGUGCUUCUUCAAAUGAAGCUUUGACCCAGUCAGUGGACGUAUUCGCAUUCGGUCUUGUGGCCUACUUUAUUCUCUCUCUUGGUGGUCAUCCAUUUUUCUCUCCCCUGGAGGCUGUUUCUUCAUCAAAGGCUAGGGAGGCAGUGCCAGCGAGGCCAAGACGCCUACGCGAAGUCUACACAUCUUUGGCGAGUUUGCAAAGCAUGCAGAAGGCUAUCAAUGAUCUUCAAGCGCCACGUCUAAACAAUCUUGAAAACUGUGUUCGAGUGGUGAUGACGGCAGGCGCUGAGACGAAUGAGGAGAAGCCGGACAAGAUGCGGAGUUGCCUGGCGCAACAGCUCAUCCAGGAAGCCUUGAGUCCUGACCCCUCCAGCCGCUGUUCUAUCGAAGUGUUGGCUGGGUCACCGCUCUUCUGGACGGCCGAGGACGUUAUGGCUUUCUACACUGAAAUUUCCAACUUUAUGGAUGAGUCGAAGCCACUCAAGUUUGCCUCGGGCUCCGGCUCCUUUCACCUCACAACAGAACGAACAAGGCCUGUUGAAGGAGGAGAUGAGGUGGCGGUGAUUGUGAGUUCGACGGACGUCUUUCAUAGUAUCCGUCAGCGUCUUUCUACUGCUCUCGAUGAACACUGGGGAAACGUUUUCUCAGGCUCCUGGCUACGACACCUAGACACCGUACUGGUUGACGACCUAUGCUCUGUUCGAUCCUAUCAGGUCUUUCUCUUCACAAACAUAUUUUCUUUUUGCUUCGCUAUGAGUUGA